AUGAAGAAAGAAGAAGCUCUCUGGAAGCUGUGCAAGUCUGAGGGUGAAUCUGGUCCCUCUGAGAAGACCCCUUCAGAGGCCAAUGGAACUGGGUGGCAGGGAUCUAGAUACCACUUUUUUCUUGGCGCAUGUGCUCAAGCUCAUGUGCGUCCCCAGCGGACUGAACCUUGUAUGGCUUUUGUGGAGGUUUUACUUUUGUCUCAAGGAAUGGGUCGGCUCAUCGCUGGGGACGAGGAAAGGAGCCCAGUGCCAAAUUUGGCAGGAGCCUGGUGGCUGGUGCUCUUCCCCACCCUUUCCAGAGGCAGCUGCCUGCUGGGAGCUGGAGAAACAACACCAAAGACACACUGGUGUCGAAGAGACUCCCCGCUUAUGGGGUCAAAAGACAACCCAGGAGCUGAAGGAGGAACACAUUUACACAGCAAAGAGGAAAUCCGGACUGGUGAUAUGCCUCCACGGAAGCGACCUGAACAGGGUCCUACCACUUCCCCUGCCGGCAUUCUCAUCUGGUCAGUACAUGGACACACUGAGACAACCACUUUUUUCAUGCAAUUUGGCCGUAUUGGACGCCUGGUUACCAGGGCUGCCUUCACUUCUGGCAAAGUGGACGUUGUUGCCAUCAAUGACCCCUUCAUCGACCUCAACUACAUGAUCUACAUGUUCCAGUAUGACUCCACCCACGGCAAGUUAAAAGACACAGUUAAGGCUGAGAAUGUGAAGCUUGUCAUCAACAGGAAGGCCAUCACCAUCUUCCAGGAACAAGAUCCCGCCAACAUCAAAUGGGGUGAUGCUGGCACCGAGUAUGUUGUGGAGUCGACUGGUGUUUUCACCACCGUGGAGAAGGCUGGGGCCCACUUGAAGGGUGAGGCCAAAAGGAUCAUCAUCUCUGCCCCUUCUGCGGAUGCCCCCAUGUUUGUGAUGGGUGUGAACCAUGACAAGUAUGACAAUUCCUUCAAGAUUGUCAGCAAUGCUUCCUGUACCACCAACUGCUUAGCUCCCUUGGCCAAGGUCAUCCAUGACAACUUUGGCAUUGUGGAAGGACUCAUGACCACAGUCCAUGCCAUCACGGCCACCCAGAAGACUGUGGAUGGCCCCUCUGGGAAGUUGUGGCAAGACGGCCGCGGCACUGCCCAGAACAUCAUUCCUGCAUCCACUGACGCUGCCAAGGCUGUGGGCAGUCAUCCCAGAGUUGAACAGGAAACUCACCGCAUGGCCUUCCGUGUUCCUACCCCCAACGUGUCCGUCGUGGAUCUGACAUGCUGCCUGGAGAAAGCUGCCAAGUAUGACGACAUCAAGAAGGUGGUGAAGCAGGCAUCCGAGGGCCCACUAAAGGGCAUCCUGGGCUACACUGAGGACCAGGUUGUUUCCUGCGACUUUAACAGUGACUCCCACUCUUCCAUCUUUGGUGCUGGGGUUGGCAUUGCUCUCAAUGACAACUUCGUAAAGCUCAUUUCCUGGUACGACAAUGAGUUGGGCUACAGCAACAGAGUGGUGGACCUCAUGGCCUACAUGGCUUCCAAUGAGUAA